UAGAAAUUGAACCCUAGGUUUCGUUGCUAGAUCCAGUUCUAUCAUCAAUUUAUCAUUGAAGGGGAAUCGGACUCUCCUCCACAGGGUCUGAAGCUCAGCAACAAGUCGCAACUCGUCUUUGUUUCCUAGGGUUAGGGUUUUUACUCGGCCCGCCAACCUCUCGCCACAGGAAGCAAUUCUACCAUCAAACAUAGUUGCUUUGGCCCGAUAUGGGUGAGAGUGGAAAGCGAUCCCGCUCACAGAAGGAUCAUGAUGUGGAUGGCAAGAACCAAAAAAGACGGUCUAGCAACAAAGAAGACGCAGGGGAUGAUGAGUUGGUUGUUUAUCGCAUACUUUGCCCAGAUAAUGUUAUUGGUAGUGUAAUUGGUAAGAGCGGGAAAGUGAUAAAUUCAUUAAGGCAGGAGACGCGUGCAAAGAUUAAGGUUGUGGAUCCCUUUCCUGGUGCCAAGGAGAGGGUUAUAACAAUAUAUUGCUAUGUUAAGGAGAAGAAAGAUGUGGAGGUUGAUGAUGACAAUGAUGAUAUGGAGCCUCUCUGUGCUGCCCAGGAUGCACUUCUCAAAGUACAUGCAGCCAUUGCCAAUGCAGUGGCUACUGCUGGGGAUUCUGACAAGAAACGGAAGGACAAGGAGGAGGCUCAUAUUCUUGCCCCUACUAGCCAGUCAGCUAAUGUUAUUGGUAAAGCUGGUGCCACAAUCAAGAAAUUAAGAAGUAAGACAAAGGCAAACAUCAAAGUUUUCCCCAAGGACACAAAUGAUCCCACUCAUUCAUGUGCUAUGGAUUUUGACAACUUUAUUCUGAUAACUGGUGAUGCAGAAGCUGUAAAGAAGGCACUAUAUGCAGUCUCUUCUAUCAUGUACAAGUUCUCUCCAAAAGAAGUAAUUCCUCUUGAGGCAACAGUACCAGAAGCUCCUCCAAGCAUCAUUAUCCCAUCAGAUAUCCCUAUUUAUCCAGCUGGAGGCUUCUACCCAAGUACAGAUCCUCUUAUUCCCCCAUCUAGAUCUAUUCCUCCUGUGAUUGGUGCUACACCACAUAUGCCUGAUCUCCAUGGAUAUAUGGAUACAGGCAGUGCCUGGCCUGUCUAUUCUUCAUCUUCUCUUCCUGUAGUUUCUGGUUAUGGUGGUUCCUCUCGAUCUGAAGAACUGGUAAUAAGAUUGCUUUGCCCUUUUGAUAAGAUAGGGCGUGUUAUUGGGAAGGGAGGGAGUUCCAUUAAGAGUGUGAGGCAGGCGAGUGGUGCUCGUGUUGAAGUUGAUGAUACAAAGGGUGAUCGUGACGAGUGCUUGAUAACUGUCACAUCAACAGAGGCUUCAGAUGAUGUGAAGUCGAUGGCAGUUGAAGCCAUUCUACUACUCCAAGGGAAGAUAAAUGAUGAAGAUGACGACACUGUUAGCAUCCGUCUCCUUGUUCCAUCUAAAAUUAUAGGUUGCAUUAUUGGAAAGAGUGGCUCAAUUAUAAAUGAAAUGCGAAAGAGAACCAAAGCUGAUGUGCGCAUCUCCAAAAGCGAUAAGCCUAAAUGUGCAGAGGACAAUGAUGAACUUGUUGAGGUUGUUGGAGAGGUUAGUAGUGUGAGAGAUGCACUUGUUCAGAUUGUUUUGAGGCUUCGAGAUGAUGUUUUGAAGGAUAGGGACGGUGGUCGCAACCCCCCUCCAGUUUCUGAUUCUCUAUACUCUGGUGGAAGUGGUCUUUCAGUCCCUUCAGUCCUGCCUAGUGUUCCACCAGUUGCUCCUUUGGGGGGUUAUGAUAGGGUUGAAAGUGGAAGCAGCUUGGGCAUGUUAUCUUCAAGCAGCCUUUAUGGAUAUGGAUCAUUGUCGGGUGGAGAGAAUGGUUAUGGAUCACUUUCUUCAUAUUCAUCAAAACCAUAUGGAGGAUUGCCUCCGCCUUCUGCUCUUGAGAUGGUAAUUCCCGCAAAUGCAGUGGGUAAAGUUAUGGGAAAAGGUGGAGCAAACAUGGGCAACAUCCGAAAGAUCUCAGGUGCAACUAUAGAGUUUGUUGAGUCAAAAUCAUCCCGUGGUGAUCGUGUUGUCCACAUAUCUGGCACACCGGAGCAAAAACGUUCAGCUGAGAACUUGAUCCAGGCAUUCAUAAUGGCCACCUGAUCUUGUUGGAUGUUAUCCAGUACAUUGAAGGUGAAACCUAGUUUAAAUUCAGGGUUUUCUAUAUCGGAGGAUUCUUCUCUGUAGUUCUUUUAGGUUUUGGUUCCAGAGAGGAACUUAAAAUCCUUGGGAUUCCGUUACUGGAAUUCCUUCUAUUUCCUCCUUAACAGAGCCCAUUCAAGAUUUUGUUGGACUUGAAUCUAACUAUUAUUGGGAGCUGGGCUUCUGUCUGAUGCUGAAUCUGAUCUUCUUACCAGUUUCCUAGAACUUAUAGGAUCUUUCCUUUAUUGGUGUUUUAUCAUGCCCUAUCUUUGACCAGCGUGGAUCCCAUCAUGUUUCCGUUGUUGCUCUAUGAUCUUUAAAUUGAUUUUCACACCAUGGCGUAUUCUGUGUUGAUCUCACUGCUGCUCGUAAUAUAUAAUUAUGUUUUAUAUUUCAUGCCAA